AUGACGUCAGCACCGCGCGACAGAGCAGCCUGGGCUCAGCAGCAGCAGCAGCAGUAGCAGGUAGUCAGAGAUGGCUGCGCCCACGGAGCGGUGCCGCGGCGGUGGCGGAGGCGGAGGAGGGUUAGCUGGCUGUCCGCGGACGGUGAGGCCUUGGUGGCGGCUCGCGGUGCUCCUGUUCUCCGUGUCGUCCCUCCCGGCGGUCACCGCGCUGGUGGAGGGCCUCUACUGCGGCACCGAGGUCUGCUACGAUGUGCUCGGCGUCACCAGGGAGGCCGCCAAGGCUGACAUCGCCCGGGCUUACCGGCAGCUGGCCCGCCGGUACCAUCCGGACCGGUUCAGGGUGGGAGAGCCCGGCAUGGAGGGAGAGACCAUGGAGUCCGCACAGAAGAAGUUCCUGUUGGUCGCCACCGCGUACGAGACGUUAAAGGAUGAGGACACUCGGCGGGACUACGACUACAUGCUGGACCACCCUGAGGAGUACUACCAGCACUACUACGCCUACUACCGCCGACAGCUCACGCCCAAAGUGGACGUCAGGGUCGUCAUCCUGGUCACCAUCUGUGCCAUCUCCAUCUUUCAGUACUACAGUUGGCACAGCAGCUACAACGAGGCCAUCAACUACCUGGUGACGGUCCCCAAGUACCGAAUCCAGGCCACGGAGAUCGCCAAGCAGCAGGGGCUCCUCAACCGCACCAAGGAGAAGGGCAAGAACCGCCGCUCCAAGGAGGAGAUCCGGGAGCAGGAGGAAGAAGUGAUCCGCGACAUCAUCAAAAACAAGAUCGACAUCAAAGGAGGCUACCAGAAGCCCAACCUGUCGGACAUCCUGCUGUGUCAGAUCGUCCUCUUCCCCUACUACCUGACCAACUAUGUGACCUGGUACGUCUCCUGGAUUUACCGCUUCACCAUCUGCAGGGAGGAGUACGGAGACGAGGAGAAGCUCUACAUCAUCAGGAGAUACAUGAAGAUGUCUCAGUCUCAGUUCGACAGUCUGGAUGAAAACACCAAACAGACAUUCAUGGAAAAACAGCUGUGGAUCAAAGAAAACUUCGAGGUGCAUAGAAAGGAGCAGGAGGAGGAGAUGAAGGUGAAGAUGGCGACUGACCCAAGGAUGAAAAGGUACCGCCGCUGGAUGAAGAAUGAGGGGCCGGGCCGGCUUACGUUCAUCGACGACUGACAUCCUGGAGCUGCGCCUGUCACAUACACACCUGCCUCAGUGCCAACAUACAUGGACAACACACACACACCGCUGUGUGGAUAAAGACCUGUACAGAAAGAUUAACUAUGCCUGUUUAUACGGUGAGAGAUAUUUUCAUAGCGAUCAGGCCUCAUGGCGGGGGGCGAAUACGAGGAAAAACUGUGAGCUGCUGUGGGCUUCAGAUUUUUGAGUAGUUUUUUACAUUGUGCUAUUUUUGCCCCCAAAAUCAAAAUCUAAAGUUUAAUUAUUUUUUUUCUGUAAUUUUCCCCGAGCUUUUCUUUUUGUCUCUCCUGCUGGAUGAAUGAGCUUUGGUGCCUGAAUUUUUGUGAAUGAUUUUCUGUUGGAUAACUGAGACCAGAAGGCUAACAGUUUGGCUCCUGCAAGAGCCAACAGUUCUGUCGAAGUGUCCUUGGGCAAGGCAUCGGACCGCCACCUGCUCACUCUGUAUGAAUCCGCUAUCAGUCUGAAAUGUGAGAUUAGUGAAGAGUGUUAACAUUAUUUGUUUUCAGAUGAAUAAACCAGAGCCAGAGAGUAUUUUACAAGAACAGCUGUUAAAUCUUUUCUUCCCCAGAGUCAGAUGAGACGCAUAUCAGUAUUCAGGAGUUAUUUAGCGUAGCUUAGAACAAGACGAGUGCUGUAUCUCAAAGCAGAUACUUCGUCAAUACAUUUACAUGUAGUAUACUACGCACACUAUGUACUUACUGAGCCACUUCUUAAAGUUUGCCAGGGUAGUGUUGUCUCAGAUCAAACAAGGCAACAUCGUAGAGCUGCGUGCUGCGAAUCGAUUCACUUUAACAGGUCAUGUGACUGUUGGGACAGAGUCACAAGCUCUUUCUACACAGAGAUGGCGCUAUAGAGCUGCUACAAAGUCCCCUCUUUACGCCUCCUUUGCAUUUUUACACAACCAAACGACAGCGGCAUAGUUCCGCUCAAUUGUGUGAUAAUACACGUCAUCACAGCUUUGCUGGAGGCGUUACAUGUAAGACAACUGUGUGGGCUUCUAGUGUGACAUAAAUCAUACGUGUCAGCAGCACUUUCUAAACAACAAUGGCAAUAACGUUUCAGUAACAUCAUCAUCAUCAGCUCGGAGGGUAAGGAGCUCCCAAAACUGUUGUUUUCACAAUUUGCAGACAUUUUCGGCCACUGUUCUUCUUAUUUGAGUUAGCCGCUAACUGCUAUCAGCUACUUUGAAAAUCUCCUGCAGUGGGUCACAUGCUUAACACCUCAUCAAAAUGUCACACCCGUGCCACCCAUGAUCCGGUCGUUCAGGCCAUCGCAAAAAAACUCAUUCCCCCUUUUCCAUGAUUCAGAACAGAUUCUAUUCAGAACAGUCAGGCGGCAUGAUAUCCCUGUCCUGAACAGGCAGUGUAAAAAGGGCUACACACCCUGUGACAGGGCUAACUGUUAGCAUCACAAAGCUACUGUUAUGCAACGGUUACUAACAGGUUCAACAACAGAGUCGACAGAAAAUGGAUGGAUGGAUGUCAUGUAAUCAGGCAUUCCCAAAAACAACCUGCAAAAUCCUGAAAGGACUGUAACGUGCCACUGUUAGCAAGCUUCCCUUAGCAUUUGCAUUAUCGUUCGCGGUACUAAACUAUUACAGAAUUAAUACACCUGAACAACUGUACAAAGCUUCGGUUUUCGCCCAACAUUUGUCAAGUUUAAAAUGUGUUUGUGGUCCUCUCUUUCGGCUACGUAGGCAACACGGCAACCAUUUAGGGUGAGAAGUAUCUAACGUUCCACAGUGAACUUUUCUGACUGUUAUAAGUGCACCAUCCUGGUAGUCAUAUUGCACUGCAUUUUGACGUACUUCUUAAAUGCACUCUGAAGCAUCUGAUUUGAGACGCAGCACAGGAGCAGGGCGAACAGCCUAGCUCUAAGAAUAUCCGAAGCUGUCUGGUUUACAUGUUCAUAUCUUGUUUGUUCAAAUGUAAAAAAGAGACCGUUGGUGAUGAGCUAAGAUACGAGAAGGAAGUGGUGAAGAGAUGGAACUGAUAUCCAUCUUUUCUUCUGACUCUGGGGAAGACAACAAACAGCAGGUUACUUUGCUGACCAGAAGAACGUGUCAAAUGUACAAAAAACACAAAGAGAAGCGCAAACUGGAGACACUGAUAAACUUUAAACACUUCUCUCUUCUGAUCUGAUCUGAGGUUGAAGCGUUUCUAUCAGGACAAAAAGCAGAAGCAAAAAGAGCCGUGCACAUUUGUCUGUCUUACUGUGUCAAUGGAAGCCAAAGCGACAGCUGCGAGUGUCUGUACAUUGUGCAACGGCAGAUGUUUCUCACGCAGGGAGUGUUACGGUGGUUCCUGCUGUUUCUUCAUACGUUCAGGUGACCCCUCGACUGUUUACCGCAUCUGAAUAACUUACUAAAUAUUAUUUAUUGGUUCACAUUUCACUGGUCUUUUUGUUGUCAUUCUGGUGUUGAGGCGGCAUUAAACUCAUACUGUAAUUACACAUGCAUACAGUCUAUGGUAUGGACACAGCAAAGUAGUUUUUCUAAUAAAUACAUUUUAAAAUA